AUGUUUUUCGAUCGUUUAAAAUAUUAUUAUCGAUUGGAACAAAUAUUGGAUCAAAAAAAUCGUCGUUGGUGGUUAUUUGAAUUUCUAUUGAUCAUCAUUCAAACUGUACGUUUUUCAUUCUAUGUUUUACUUAGUUUUAUGAAUGAAUCUUUCGUACGUUCAUAUUGUCCAUAUGAUACAACUGCUGCACCAUUAUUCAAUUAUUUUCAUCAUCUAGAUAAUGGAACAUCAUUAAAUCUAACUGAUUGUUGUAUAACAUCGAUUAUAUUGACAAUUUUUACAAUUUUCAUUCUACAUACACAGCAUAUAAUUUUUUUAAAUGAUCAUAAAUCACUUACAUGGAAUUUUCUAUACGAUAUUUCUAAUCGUAAUUAUGAUCAUUUUCGUAGAUCAAUUUAUCAUGGUAAAGAUAUGAAUAUGAUUCAAACGGUAAUCAAAUCAUUAAGUAACGAAGAAAAUUUUGAUAAAACAAUAUCAUCAUCAUUAGCAACAUCAUCGGAAAUGAUGCAUGAUUCUUUGGUAAGAAUGUUGAAUAAAAAUCAUAAAAGUUUCCUAGAUAAAUUAAUCAUUCGGUUAAUGUUGGAAACAAAUCUUCAUAAAUUUGAAAAAUUACGUUUAAAAAUAUUUAGCUAUGCUGGUUUAAAUCAACGAAUCGCAUUGGCAAUGACAAUGUUUACAUUACAUUUUAUGGAUGUAUUUUUGUUAACAUUUGUUAUAUCCACUACAUUUACACUUGCUUGUUUGAAAUAUUUUGAAUUUAUCUACAAUCAUAUGUUGGAUUUAUGGCCAUUAGCAUUGUUCGAUUGUAUUUAUCACCUUUAUUGUGGUUAUAUUGCUUUAAGAAAUGCUCUAUAUAUUUUACAUAGUGAAUAUGUAAUAUUUUUAACCGAUAGAAAUUCUCUAGCAUGUCGGUCAUUAUAUGAUAUUACCAUUCGUAAUUAUGAUCAUUUUCAUAAUUCAAUUAUUCGUGGAAAAAAUAUGAAUAUAAUAAAUAAGGCGAUCAAAACUGUUAUAAAUAAUAACAAUGAAUCUAAUGAAUCAAUAUCAAUUACGACCAAAUCAACAAAAUUUAUGCAUAAUUCUUUGGCGAUAAUGUUGAAGAAAAAUGAAAAAAAUUUCUUAGAUAAAUUGUUCAUACGAAUAAUGUUGGAUAUUGAUCUUUAUAAAUUUGAAAAAUUUAAAUUAAAAUUUUUCAGCUAUACUGGUUUAAAGCAAAGAAUCGCAUUGGCAAUAACAAUGUUUAUAUUACAUUGUAUGGAUGUACUUUUGUUGACAUUGGUUAUAUCUACUACAUUCAAUCUUGCUUGUUUGAAAUAUUUUAAUUUUAUUCAUAUUCAUAUGUGGAAUUUAUGGCCAUUAGCAUUAUUUGAUUGUAUUUUUAAUCUAUAUUGUGUUUAUAUUUUCAUACGAAAUGCUGUUCUUUUUUUCGAUUUUGCUUCAAUCAGUCUAAUAUUCUAUGUAUCACAGAUGAAUUUUUUGAAUGAAAAAUUUAAACAAUUAUUCGUUGAUCUUAGUUAUAGGAAAAAAUUCUCAUUACAUUGUCAACGUUUAUUAUGUUGGCGACGUUUUCAAGUGGUCAAGAUGUUUGGAAUAAUGCUUAUUGUAUGGCAAUAA